AUGGAAAUAGGGAAUAAAAAUAAUGCAACAAAUGUUGAAGCUAAUGGGAUUGAAAAAAAUAAUGAUGAAAACAGUAAAGUAGAUAUGGAAGGAUUUAGAUUUUUUGCCAAUAUUUGUGAAGAAAAAUUAAAAAUAUUUUUGGAAAAUUUCUUUAGUAGUAAAAAUCAAGAUGAAUUAUUUUAUUUAGAAGAUAAAAUUAUCACUACAAAAACUGACAUUAAUGAUGAAAAUCAUGAUUCUUCUAAUGAAAAUCAUGAUUCUUCAAAUGAAAAUCAAAACAAUUAUUCUGAAAAGAAUAAUAUUAUUAAAAGCAAUUAUGAUAAAAUGGUUAUAUCUUUAGUUGAUGAUGUUGAACAAUUCAUGAAAUCUUUUGUUAAUGAAAGAUACAAAAUUAUUGUUCAAGGUGUAAUAGGAGAAAAUAAAAAACAGGGGAUACAUAUUGCAUCAAAAUCACUUUGGAAUGUUGAAACAGAUAAUUAUAUUUCCGCCAAUUAUGUAAAUGAUUCUAUUUUUGUUACUGUUAUGGUUUUUCUUUUAUAUAACGAAUAA